ACGGUUUCGGGUGCAAAAGUUUGUGUUAUUUUCCUCCUCCGGACGUCAGAGAUGCCCAGUGAGCGAGAAGCAGUCAAGGCCGCAGCCGGUCUCCGGUCCUCACCUUACCACCCUCCCGGCUUUGAGACGCAGCCGCCGGACCCUUCCCCCCAGGCUGCCGGGCGCUAUCACCGCUGACCUUUGGACUUUCCGGCGGUGCGUGCCGUUUUUUACGCUGCAGGCCGUUAGUCGCCUUCAUUGUGGGCCGCCAAGAUGUGGGAAUCUAGUCGGGUGCGCCUGAUGUGCAUGCUGGGCCUAACAUUCGUCUUCUUCGUGGUGGAGGUGGUGGUGAGCCGGGUGACGGGCUCCCUGGCCAUGCUGUCCGAUUCCUUCCACAUGCUGUCCGAUGUCAUCGCUCUGAUAGUCGGCCUGAUCGCCGUGCGCUUCGCACAGAAGACCCACUCUACUGACAAGAACACAUUCGGCUGGAUCCGGGCCGGGGUGAUGGGAGCCCUGGUCAAUGCCAUCUUCCUCACCGCUCUCUGCUUUACCAUCGUGCUGGAGGCUAUCGAGCGCUUUACCGAGCCGCAAGCCAUAGAGCAGCCGCUGGUGGUGAUAGGAGUGGGGGCUGGCGGCCUCCUCGUUAACCUCAUCGGUCUGUGCAUGUUCCGUGACAGCGCCGGAGCUGGCCACGGACACUCUCACGGAGGAGGAGCCGGGGAUAGCGGCCAUGGACACUCACACGGAGCCAAGAAAAGCCACCGGAAUAGGGAACGGGCAGCCGGAGAUGGUGGUGCUAUUGAUCGCGAAGAGACCAAUAUCCUGGUGGAGAACUGCGGCAAUUCGCACGGGCUGGUGGUGCCGGGGAAACACGCAGAUGCGUUGGCCGAAAACGCUGUAGAGCAUCGCUUGAAUGGAAACGUUGUCGACAAUAACUCCGAAGACCUCCACGAAGAUGGCUCUCAACUCAACAUGCGAGGAGUAUUUCUGCAUGUGCUCGGGGAUGCCUUGGGUUCCGUUAUCGUCGUUGUGAAUGCUUUCAUUUUCUAUAUGGUGUUUAACCCUUGCCAAUCAGACGUUAACUGUGUUAAUCCGUGCAUUCAUGAGCACUGCACACAUCUCGAAGGAGUCAACCAUACCCUGGGUGUGCUGGCCAACAGCUCCGAGCAUCCAGAAAUCCAGCUUGCCGGACCUUGUUGGGUGCUGUAUCUCGAUCCCUCUUUAUGUGUGAUCAUGGUUUGCAUUCUGCUGUAUACGACCUACCCGCUUCUGAAAGAGUCUGCCCUUAUUCUUUUGCAAACCGUUCCUAAACAAAUUGACAUUUCUUCCUUGAAGAAGAAGCUCCGAAGCCUGGAAGGAGUGGAAGCUGUUCACGAGCUGCACGUCUGGCAGUUGGCAGAAAGCCGCAUUAUAGCGACGGCUCAUAUCAAAUGCCACGAUCCUACCGCUUACAUGGACGUCGCUAAGCGCAUCAAAGACUUCUUUCACGAUGAAGGAAUCCACGCUACUACUAUCCAGCCCGAGUUUUCCAGUGUAGAGUCGGGCUCUAGAAUAUCCCUUUGCGAACUGUCCUGUAGAACUCAGUGCGCCCCAAAGCAAUGCUGUGGAAGCACCGAAAAGAAUGCGUCGGGGAAGAAGUCUAGUGGUGGAACAGCCGCCAUUCCCAGCUUGGGAAUGAUCAGCGAAUCUCCCGAGCAUAAAACAAAAAGAACUAAUACUUCUGAGAAGUCUGCGCAUGAGCUCAAAAUAGACGUGGACUCCACCGUUUAACCCAUUUUAGCGAAGGCAUAAAAACUCGUGUCUACAGCUGGAGAAGAAACCAAGGGGAGCUCUUUCCUAGCAGCUUCAUUAAUAAAGUUGCUUUUUGGCAA